AGACAAAAAAUUCUCAGUGAAGUAGUGAUAUCGGGUGAAAUCCCAGUUUUUCACGAAAAUGGAUAGUGAAAUCAAACCAAUGCACAAAAGCAAACACUUCCCUAUAGACCAGUUAGUGUGUGUCGGCAACUAUGAAUUGGAAAAGACUAUCGGAACAGGCAAUUUCGCUGUCGUAAAACUCGCUACACAUGUUAUAACGAAAACCAAGGUGGCAAUAAAAAUUAUAGAUAAAUCAAGAUUAGACGAAGACAAUUUAAAGAAGACUUUUAGGGAAAUCGCUAUAAUGAAGAGGUUGCGGCAUCCGCACAUAGUUAGGUUAUAUCAGGUUAUGGAGAGUACAUAUACGAUAUAUUUAGUAACAGAAUACGCUCCUAAUGGUGAAAUAUUCGAUCACCUGGUGUCCCGCGGGCGCAUGCCCGAGUCAGAGGCGGCGCGCGCGUUCGCGCAGAUGGUGGCCGCGGUGGGGUACUGCCACGCCAACGGCGUCGUGCACAGGGACCUCAAGGCGGAGAACCUGCUGCUGGAUAGGGAUAUGAACAUCAAGUUGGCGGACUUUGGGUUCAGCAACGAGUACAGCGCGGGCUCCCCGCUGGCCACGUGGUGCGGCAGUCCGCCGUACGCCGCGCCCGAACUGUUCGAGGGCCGACGGUACGACGGGCCCAAGGCCGACAUAUGGUCGCUGGGCGUGGUGCUGUACGUGCUGGUGUGCGGCGCGUUACCGUUCGACGGCGGCACGUUGCACGAGCUGCGGAGCGUCGUGCUCGCCGGCAAGUUCCGGAUACCUUACUUCAUGUCACAGGGUCAGUCUGUUCAUUAGCACUAGCUCAAGAGGCUCGUGCUCGCGGACUAGUUUUAAUGGUUUACUUUUUCUUGAAAUCGAAUAACUUUUUUAAAGACAGGUGUAAUAAAACAGUAUUGUAAUUGUAUAUAUUUUUUGUUGUAUCAGAAUGUGAGCACCUGAUCCGUCACAUGCUGGUGGUGGAGCCCGACAAGCGGCUGUCCCUGCGCGCCGUCGCCAGGCACCGCUGGCUCGCCGCCACACCAGUCGCCACGCCGCCACACGGUCAGUACACCAACACCUCUCAAUGCGCUAGUAUUAUUAUCGACGUUUCUUCAAAUUCAUCGAAAGUAACAAGUAGUUGUCG